UGAGAGGGGAAGGGAGCACAAAGAGGGAAGGGGAGAAGGGAGAAGACAGGGAAGGAGGAGGUCUGCGUUAACUCCGCCUCCGGUCUCGGAUCCUCUCGCAUUCCUUAUUCACAGCCUCUCACGUUGAGGAUAGAGAGAGAAAGGGGAGAAACGAGAAGAAGGGCACACGAAGAAGAAGGAGAAGAAGAAAAAAGAAGAAGGGGAGCAGCAGAACGACCAUGGCAAUAUCCAAAACGUCUCAGCUCGAGAUAGUGUCCGAUCACAGCGCACCUCUACCACCGUCGACCACGGCACGGAGCAUGCAGUCGCACAAUAGACAGAGUCCAGAUGAAUGAGGGGCGACACCUGGGCCGUGGACAAAAUGAGGGUCAUCUUCAUCCAAAACGCCGGUUUCGUCGCAGCUUUCUCGCCUUUUAGAUGUGAGUCGGUGAUGUUGGCAGCGUUUAGGAUGACAGAUAAUGUGAACGAGCCAGAAUUAACCACCGCUAGAUCAUGCCAGUCAACUGAAGAGUGAGGAGAUCAGACCAAUUUAUUUAGGCAUUUUUCUUUUAUUGGACUAGCGCUUGCACACAUAUUAUAGCCAGUGUAUCAUUUUUAAAUCGAAAGCGUGCUCAGCUUCCGACAUGCAGCCUGCUGUCGAAAUCUGAACACAUAUUUUUUAUUACAAUAUUGGCACUAGAAUUAAUUGUUAUCCAGUGAUACGAUACAGGACUAUGUAUCAGGUUAUUAUAGACCGAUGAUGUCCUCUUAGACUUUUUGUGCUUAAUCUGUUAGUAGAUUGAUUAUAUAUCGAUAAUAACAUGAAUAGGUAGGAGGAGAAAUCUCUGUUCGCUUUGAUCAAAGCCAACUGAUCAAUCAAGACAAUCUGGAAAUGUUAGUUUCCACAUGUUAUAAUAUGACUAGCAAGCUACGCGUUAUUCCUUGUAAUUUAUUUAUUUAUUAUUACUAUUAUUAGGCCUAUAAGUAUUAUAUUAUCAAUUUGUUUUAAGUAGGUAGUUUGAAAUAUUUAACAGUGGGAAGGUUGUUGAAACACUUCCCUAGUGAGAUGGAAACCCCUUAUUUAUCGCCCCACCGCGGGGCAACCUGUCCCGAGGCCAAGAAAGGCCAAACCUCAGCGGGCGAACCGGCGGGGGGUGACCUCUCACGUCCACCUCCGUCUCCACCACUACCUGCCGGCAGCUCCGCCGAAGAGUUCCUGGCAAGCAGUGAUGGACGAAGAAACUCGGGCGUGAAGAAACACCACCACAAGCAUAACCUGAAACACCGCUACGAGCUGCUGGAGACGCUGGGAAGAGGCACCUAUGGCAAAGUCAAGAAGGCCAUUGAGCGGCACUCCGGCAGAGAGGUGGCUAUCAAGUCCAUUCGGAAGGAGAAGAUCAAGGAUGAACAGGACAUGGUUCACAUCCGCCGAGAGAUUGAGAUCAUGUCAUCCCUCCGCCACCCGCACAUCAUCUCUAUAUAUGAAGUGUUUGAGAACAAGGACAAGAUUGUGAUCGUGAUGGAGUACGCCAGCAAGGGCGAGCUGUAUGACUACAUCAGCGAGCGCCGGCGCCUUAGCGAGCGAGAGACGCGACACUUCUUCAGACAGAUAGUCUCCGCCGUGCACCACUGCCACAAGAAUGGAGUGGUGCACAGGGAUCUGAAACUGGAAAAUGUGCUACUGGAUGAAAACUGUAAUAUUAAGAUUGCUGACUUCGGGCUGUCAAACCUCUACCACAAGGACAAGCUGCUGCAAACCUUCUGUGGCAGUCCGCUCUACGCUUCACCAGAAAUCGUCAAUGGGAGACCGUACCGUGGCCCAGAGGUGGACAGCUGGGCUCUGGGGGUGCUGUUGUAUACCCUGGUCUAUGGGACCAUGCCAUUCGAUGGGGGAGACCACAAGAACCUCAUUCGCCAAAUUAGCAACGGCGAGUACAAGGAGCCCACUCAGUCCUCAGAUGCCCGUGGACUGAUCCGCUGGAUGCUGAUGGUGAACCCUGAGCGCCGGGCUACAGUGGAGGACAUAGCCAAUCACUGGUGGGUAAACUGGGGCUGGAAGAACAGUGUGUGUGACUGCGAGACCCAACGAGACCACGGAGGCUCGCCCAUGCUGGCCCGCUUCAUCGACUGGCAGAACCGCACUGAGCCACGUGGUUCUGGAGCCAAAGCUGCUGCCAUGCCCCAGCUGCUGCGCCAGAGGCCCAAAAAGUCCAAGAAGGAAAAUGUGGAGGCAGAACAGACCCACUGUGGAGCAGAGGACAAGCCAGGUCUGAAGAGACCCAAGGGGAUCCUGAAGACCAGGGUCACGGGGGAGCAGCAGUCUGCCAGUCUGGAGGAAGUGGAGUUGGGCCAGGCAGCGCUGCCGCAACAAGCCGAAGGGGGAGAGGAGGCCUCAAGUCCAGAUCGAGAGGAAGAGGAGCCGGCUCUGGGAGGAGGCUCGCCAGCUAAGAUGGUGCCCUCUCUGCCAAAGAAAGGCAUCUUGAAGAACAACCAACAGCGGGAAUCAGGGUACUACUCCUCCCCGGAGCGCAGCGAGUCCACCGAGCUUUUAGGGGGUGCCAGUAUGUCUCUACUAGCCACCUCCCCGCCCAAGAGAGUGAUGGGGAGAAAAGGCAUCUUGAAGCGAAACGGCAAGUACUCCACCUACAGCGGGCCUCCCUCAGCGGCGGCAGUGGCCGGAGCUCUUGGUGAGGCUCCUCCAUCGACCGACUCUGGUCUGUCCCGCAGUCAGAGUCGGCCCUCCAGUAUAGUAGGGGAGGACAGCUCCAACCUGUCCCUGUCGCCCAGCUCCCUCAGCGGGGCCGAGUGGCAUCCCUCCACCCCCCACCUCCGCCCAAACAUCAGGGCGUGUGUCUCGGCUGAAAACCUGCUACAGCUCGCCAACUUCAAGGGCUUCCAGGCAGCCCCGCCGCUCCAGGGACCCAAGUUCAGCCGCGGCUCCAAAACGAAAGGCUCCCCGGGGGACAAUGGCAGCUUCUCCUUGCUGGGGGACCUGGAGGACAUGACUCAGGUGUACCAGCAAGCCCUGGACAUCAGCAGCAACCUCACCUAACACAUGGGUAGCAGAGAGAGAAGAAGCAGAGGGAAUGAAACCUGACUGUGUGUGUGUGUUUGUGUGCGUGUGUGUGUGUGCACAGAUGUAUAUGGGUGGCAUUAACGACCAGUGUGUUACUGGGAUACACCUUUUUGGGAGUUGCGGCUUUUCAAAUGGGACUGAAGUCUUGAUGGAAAAUAUAUAUAUCUACGUGCACACACACACGCACGCAUGCGCACACACACACAAAUGUACACACUUAGGUGCACUUCUCCGGCCAGAGGAAAUUCAGUUAAGGUUUUGUGAACAGGAGAGAGAAGGAGCUGGCACGAGAGAAUGCCACCCACUCUGCUUUCUUGGCCCGCCCAUAGACUUUGCUGUGUUCAACAUGUUUACAUAUUCAGCAAGAAGGCAAGUUAGAAUCACAAACGCAGCAACCAGAGACUGGUUGGCUCUCCUUGUACUCCACCCAUUUUGAGUUUGAGUUUACAAAAGCACCUUAAAACUCACACAGAGCACAUGCUUUUGUGAUCUUUACUUCCUUUUAGAAAAGAAACAAACCAGGGUCUUGUUCCAAAAAUAACUGACAUUGCUGAUUAUUUAUUAAUAUUUUUUUUGUAGCUUUUAGUUUUAAUUGCAAAACUGGUGGGUGCUGGCUGUUACUGGAAGAGUCCAAAGCUCCCUGUCUCCAACUCUUUGUGUGGAACUGACAUAUAUAAUUAUGUUGCUCAGUUAUGAGAAACAUAUAUAUACUCAGCAUAUAUAACUACGUCUGCACAUGUAAAACAUGCAGGCAAUUAUACCUUCAUAAAAGCGUAUGUCCUAUAUAUGUGUAUGAUACUAGGGAAUAUGUAGGAAGUGCCUUUUUUGAUUCAUAAUAAAAAAUUAUGUAUGUCAUUUCCUUAAAGUGGAGGGAAAAGCCAGGCCAACCUGUCACCAGUUGUGCUUUUUUUUUUAAUGUUGUUUGUGAAUGUGGAGAGACCCAGGGCCUCCAGCACACAGCUGUCUAGCCUUACUUGUUUUGGGGUUCAAAGGUCAAUCUGAGACAGUUGAGAUCAAACAGUCUCGUCUCCCUCCUCCCCACCCCGUUCUUUCCACAAGUAGAAUCACACACAGAUAUGCCAACAUCUACAGGCAGCCUCGCAAAAAAAAUCUCCUCUCUGUUCUUUUGUCAGUGUUUAAGCCCAGAGUUUGGUUUGUCAGCAGUUUAGGUGGCUUGGUUGAGCACAGAUUUGCUGGCAGCACCAGAGGUCUGGAGGGACUCACCUAGUGGGACAUUUAGUGAAGGGAGAUGGCGCAGACACCACCUCACAGUCCUGGAAUGUGCCUGGCUCUUUUAGCCUUGUUGUUUCACAUUUACGGGGCUAUCUGAUCAAAUAGGCUCUUUCUUUUUUUUUAACCAAAGACAAGUAAGGUGUUUUCCAUUGUCAGACCGGUUAAUAUUUUACCCAAAGCUCUUCAAAAGAGCUAAGUAAGGUGGUUUGUUUUAGCCUGCUGAUGACACAGCAAAUUCCUCAGACAGCGGCCGGAGACGUGUUGGUGCUAGAGAUCUCUAUCAACCCCAGCCCGACUCAGCACAGGUGGGAUCUGCGGUCCGUGCUGAGCCCUCCAGCUGUGUAUACUACUCCAUUAUUUCAACCAAGCACAAUUAGCCAGCUAUUGUUUUCAUUUGUGAGUGAGAGAGAGAGAGAGAGAGAGAGACAGACAGAGAGAGAGAGAGAUAGAGGCAGCGCGUAGAGAUUUAUAGCUAGAGGGAAAAGAAGAGUGUGAAAGAGUGAUGCACGGAGCGGUGCUGAGAUUUAGAGAGGACUUCCCUGCAAAACACAGGAAAGGUCGAGGAGUUAGAUUUAUUUUUUUGGAAGGUAUUGUAAUGUAGAGUAGUGAAAGUAAAGAAAGUGAGUAGAACGAGUAGAUGGAACGUUUUUGUUUUAUACCAAAGAUGUGGUGAAGCUUUUGACAUGAUUCAGGGGAAUGGAUAGGUCAGGGUCUAAUGAGAGCCCUUCAGAUUUUUCUUUGACGUGGGAAUCCCCAAUGGUGAAUGAAAUCAUCCCCACAUUGGCUUUAACUCACGUCUGUUUUAUUUUUUUUUCUCCAUGCGGGUUUUUAUUUGAGAUGCUGGAGGCUGUUGAUACAGCUUGUCUUGAGGGUCAGUGUGUGACUUGUGUGUUCUUGUGUAUGGCCUUAGAAAGUGUGUUACACUCUUCAACAGCAGCAAAAAAUGUGGGGAAACGGUGACUGACAUCAUCCAAAAUAUCAAAUGAUGUGGAUGGAAAACCAUGCAGUAGAUGAACCCCAAGGAAAAAGAUCACAUGUUGAAUGUUUUCAGUGGUCCGCUCGUGUGAAGGAAAGGUCCUGGGUAUUGAUUCAAAUGAAAGACCCGCUGCGUAUUAUAUUGCAUUUUACUGCCUUUUUGUAUUGCAUUUUAUUGUCAACUGGAUUUACAGUGAGAAAAUUAUACUAUGUUAGUAUUUUGUUUUAUUAUGCUUCUGUUUUUGAUUUUCCAAAAUAUAAGAAACUUUAUAUUGCUUUAUGUUAUGGCAGAAGAUACUUCCUUCCUCGAAGUAUUAAAUUUUCUCUCCAAGAACAGGCAAAUCUGAUCUGAAAUUGGUGUAAUUUCAUUGCCCCCCCCCACCCCCGUUUUGGUUCCCCUGUGGGUUAAAGAAGCCCAUUAACAACCUCCAAAAAUGGCAAAAAAAUAACUUUUAUAGAUUCAAAUAUUAAUUGGAAUAGGGAAAAAUGCAAACAUAUGUACUAAUAUAUUAACUGCUGACCCUAUAAAAAUUGAAUUUCAACCUCUACCAAAGUAUGGGAGAUCCAAAAGUCCAAAAUUGCUGGAGUAACAUCAGGAGAAAAAGGAAAUAAAGCAAUGGAAAGAAUCUGAUGAUGAAACUUUAACUCUGCCAAACUGGAAAUAACUGGUGCAUAUCUGUUAGUUAGCAGAAAGUCUAAUCAUAGGAAAACUUGACUGGAUAUUGUUAUGACAAUAAUAAUAAAUUAGUAUUAUUAUGUUAUUUAAGUAUUAUUUUGGUUAUGGCUCAUUACUAUGGUUGGCUUUUGUUGCCACAGUUUUUGGUUUUAUUUUUUUUAUCUGUUGGUGAUCCUGGACUGCCAAGGUGGAUUAAGUUGCGUGCCUUUGGUAUCUUUUUUUUUUUUUUUCUUUUGAUAAUGAAAAUUAUUAUCAAUGUGUUUUUAUACUUGUAUUUAUUGGUGAUCAAGCCAUUUAAUUUGUUGUCAGAGUGCUCCAUGUUCAUGCCUUGGCCUGCUUUGGACAGUGUGUUGUGUUCAGAACGUAACGCACACAAAAAUAUCACGUAAGUUCAUUCAAAACAGAGUGGUAUCAUCUCAUUGUGAAGGCGGUGCUCAAAGUGUGUAUCUUUAAGAGUAACAAAUCAAUAAGAGUUCCUCAAAUCUUAUAAAAUGUCUUAAUUCAUCCGUUUGGGUGUAUUUCUACUCAACACAAUGCCUCUGUAGUACUGUAUCAACUCAAAUAAAUGGUUCUUGAAAGUUA